CCGCGGCUCGCUUGUCUGAUUCUUUUUCUUCUCAGAGCAGUCGAGCCUUUGUUUCAGCCGAAGGAUCUCUCUAUUCAGUCAUCAUGGGGAAAACACGUGGUAUGGGUGCCGGCCGCAAGCUGAAGUCUCAUCGUAGAAGGCAACGAUGGGCUGAUAAAUCAUAUAAGAAAUCUCACCUUGGCAAUGAAUGGAAGAAGCCAUUUGCUGGUUCUUCUCACGCCAAAGGCAUCGUACUUGAGAAGAUUGGUAUUGAGGCCAAGCAACCUAACUCUGCCAUCAGAAAAUGUGCUCGAGUUCAGUUGAUUAAGAAUGGGAAGAAGAUAGCAGCCUUUGUGCCCAAUGAUGGUUGCUUAAACUACAUUGAAGAGAAUGACGAGGUCUUGAUUGCAGGAUUCGGACGUAAAGGUCAUGCCGUCGGAGAUAUUCCUGGAGUCAGGUUCAAAGUUGUGAAGGUGUCUGGUGUGUCUCUUCUUGCCCUCUUCAAGGAGAAGAAGGAGAAGCCGAGGUCUUAGUUUAGCAUGGGGCUUGUAGUGCCUCCUUUUUUAGUGUUUUAUUGGAGGAUGAUGCUUUAGCUACUCUUCAGUUGAGUGGAUUUUUUGAACUGUUAGUUGCCUAUUUUGCAGUAUCCAAGCCUGAUUUUGGUAUCAACAUUCAGUUUUGUGUUUUCCUGAAGAUGGAUGGAAAUUACUUGGUUUA